CUCUCUCUCUCUCUCUCUCUCUCACACACACACACACACACAUAAGUCAUAUAUAUAAUGGGAAAUAAAUGACUUAGUAAUGUUGUGAUGAGCAUGGCAAAUACGUACGGACUGUAUCAACAUGGUAUAUUCAGCACAUUUUUUUGUUGGGAACGAGGUUUCAGGCCGGUUCAGCUAUAAAAGUACCAAGUCCUCCAUAUGUUUUAUUGUCCCUUUACUCCUUACUAGUCAAAAAAUCCGAGGCUUGAACAUCUCUGCUACGUAUGCAAAUGAGGAGAAUUCUAAUUAUAAUGAUGAUGAUGAUGAUAAACCUCCAAUAAUAAUCAAAGUGAGUAACAAGAGCAAGGGUCUGAAGUGGAUCUAUGGCCCAGCUUUCUACGGUAUUCCAGAAGAGGGAGAAGAUAUGAUAUGGUUGAGCCAUUGGAGGAUGGAGAGUGAAACAACAUUACGACGUGGAGAUGAAGUGCUUGUUUCAGUACUCAUAAGACCUAGUAAGUUUCAGCUCAAGGAGUUUGGUGUCGAACUUGUGCAAGAGCACCAGAAUAAUAUGAUAAGUACCCAACACAACACCAAAUCAGAUCCUAGUUACCCAUUUGUCAUCGGUGGAGAUUUGUCCAUGUGGGAGCAUAUACCAGAAAUAUACUUCCUCGAUUGCAGUAAAGAAUCUGUUGAUGACAUUGAUAUCUUUCUGCGGAGAUUUUUAAAUCGCCUCAUCAUGGAAACUGAUGAAGAAGACACAGGUAUGUUGUGUCAUUGUAUUGCAAUGAAUUAUACUCCAUCCAAACACUUCCAAGUCCGUCUGUAUUCAAUUCAAAAACAUAAAUUUUAUGUUAUUUGUAUGUUUUUCAGACAAAGAAGAAGGGCACGAGGAUGAACCUAAUUACACAAUUGCAAGGACAAGGGCUGCCAGUAACAACUGCAGCCUCGGAGGCUGGAAGGUGCUCCUCACAGAUGCCGGCUUAUUUUCACGCUUGCUCUAGUAGUUCGGUCCUCCAUCUCCUGGAAAAAGAAGCGACAGUAGUCCACAAGUCAUCCAUGAGUAUGUAAUUUUACUUGAUACAGACAUAUCUUUGCAUUCCCUCCUUGUUUUUAAGAUGUUUUCUGCCUUCAAAAUAUCGAAGU